AUGGAAUCCCCUUCAUUUCUUAUGAACGACCUUAGACGUCGCGUCACUGAAGAAACGCUCCUGGAUCUCUUUCAUCCACUAAUCCCCGUGAUCAAGAUCGCGCCUUCUCUCCUUGAUAUCAGCCUCAAGGUCGCAACGGUCACUUUUGACGAAAGCCCAGGAUGGCUCCGCCACAUACAAUCCCACGCACCGCUCAAGACCACUUUCGGAACCUUAUGGAAAGGCGUUGAUGUCAACUCUAAAAGCGAUGAAUUUAUCGGAGCAGUGAAAGACGGCGAUCUCGAGCGGGCUGAAAUGCUAGCAGAGUUCGAGGAUACUGAUGUCAACAAGACAGACGACAAAGGUAGAACGGCUCUACAUUGGGCGUGCAUCAAGAAUCUUCCGGAGGUGGCUGCCCUAUGUCUUUCAUUGGCGCGGAUAGAUACGAGCAUUGAGUAUGAGGGAAGAACUGCGUUUGAUAUUGCUUGUCAGCUGGAAAAGAGUAUAAUUCCAUCGCUAUUCUAUAAGAGCACGUUUGAGAAGGACAAAACCGACCCUCAAGGUGCCUUACUGCAACUUAUCAAUCUCACAGCGGAACCAGAUCUCGAUCGAACCGAGUUCCCUGGCGAAGCCCUGUUUGAUCCAGCAAAGGACGGGAACGAGCGUCUAUGUGCUGCAUUGUUCACGAAGAGAAAAGUCAAUGUAUUGGCAAGGAAUGAGGACUGUAACACUGCGCUGCAUAUUGCGGCUAUGAAUGGACACGGUUCCAUAGCAAGAAUCUUUGUUAAUAAUGGGUCCGAUGUCAAUGCAGUGGGUAAGGAUCACUUUACACCAUUGCACUACGCAGCACAGCGAGGAGACUGGGAUACUGUGAAGACACUGUUGCAGCUCAAUGCAGAUAAAGAUGCAAAAGAUAAAGAUGGAAAGACGGCACUUGACUGGGCCGUGCAGAACGGGCAUCGCGGAACACAAGACCUUUUAGAGGAUAAAGAAGAUUGGGAGGAGAGCGCAGAUGAAUCUGAAGAGUCGGGAACUCAGUUACACAGGGCGGUCAAGCGUAGAGAUAGAGUGGCGGUCAAGCAGUUACUGAGAGGGGGGCUAAAUAUUGAAGAGAGAAACGCGAGGGGGCAGACACCAUUGAAUGUUGCGGCUGAGAGCGGGUGGGAGGAUAUUGUACAGGUACUGCUGGACAAGGGCGCAAUGAUUGAAGCAGGCGACUUCAGAAACAAGUCAUCUCUCCACGGCGCAGCACGAGCUGGCGAUCUGGAAACAUUAAACUUGCUUCUGGAACGCAAUGCCUACGAAGAUGCGAGGGACUCGAAUAGAAGAACUCCGUUGCACUACGCCGUUGCUCAUCCCGCGCUUGUCAGAAGGCUUCUUGACAAAGGGGCCACUGUUGGACCGAAAAACAAACGAAACCAAACUCCGCUAUAUGCCGCAGCCGCCAUAGGAAAUGCAGAAACGGACACAACAAUAUUGUUGAAAUGCUCUCAUGAAAUGUUUAGGACCUGUAGUUAUAUACGGAGGGUUUAG